AUGGCUGAGCAACGCAGAGGUCCCAGAAGGCCCAGAACUAGGAAUGUGGAGCCCGACCAAGGAACCGGAGGUGCAGGCGUGCCUUGGCAACAGAUGAUGCAGCAAAAUAAGAUGAUGGCCCAAAUGAUACAAGGCAUGCAGGGACAACAACCUCCUACCCAAGUUCCCGUUCCUCAGGCUGCAGCUGGACCAGACUUUCGUGCUUUCUUCAGGAUGGAUCCUCCGGAGUUUGUUGGCGGACUUGACUCUCUUUUGGCCCAUGAUUGGCUAGCUGGUAUGGAAAGGGUGUUCCAAGCUAUUCAGUGUACUGAAAAAGAAAAGGUGAUCUUUGCUACUCAGAAGAUGAAGGGACCGGCUCUUAGGUGGUGGAACACUGCAUCUACCUAUUUCACCAUACAAGAGAUUCCUAAGGAUUGGCAACACUUCAAAGUAGCAUUCUUGGAGAAGUAUUUCCCUAAUAGUGUGAGGACUCAGAAGGAGCGAGAAUUCCAGAACUUCAAGCAAGGUGACAUGUCCGUUUCGGAAUAUGCAGAGAAGUUCGAAGACUUGGCUGAUUACUCCCGACAAGCUGUUUAUGCUCCAGAUGAACUAUGGAAGAUUGACCAGUUCAUGAUGGGUUUAAGGGAUGACAUUGCUCAUAGUGUAUCCCAAAGAGAGUUCACUACUUAUGCUGAGUGUUUGAGGCAAUGCUAUGUUGCUGAAAACAGUUUGAAGAGGGUUCAAGAAGAGAGGAACCAGAACAGGACUAAUUUUAGGGAGCAAGGAAGAUCUACUCAACACUUGAGGCCUCGUAACCCUCCAUCAAAGAAGAAGCAGGUUUAUGGUAACCAAUAA